UCACACCUCUCUUGAGUUAAAAUCUUUCUCACCCAACAAAAUUCAUCAGAUUUCGCAAACACCUCCAAGUUUUCCAAUCAUGGUGAUUAACUCCGGCCUCUCAUCCCCGCUCGUCCCUCCCGCUUGCGACAAGGACGCGAAGGCUCUUCAGUUCAUUGAGGACAUGACAAAGAACACCGACGCAGUGCAAGAGAAGGUUUUGAGGGAGAUUCUGAGCCGGAACGCCCAGACCGAGUACCUCCAGAGGUUCAAACUCGGUGGAGCGACUGACAGAGAGACUUUCAAGGCGAAAGUUCCUGUGGUGACCUACGAGGAUCUCCAGCCGGAUAUCCAACGUAUCGCUAAUGGUGACAAAUCUCCCAUCUUCUCUUCUCACCCCAUCUCGGAGUUCCUCACAAGCUCCGGCACUUCCGCGGGUGAAAGAAAACUCAUGCCGAUGAUUCACGAAGAAUUGGAUCGAAGACAAUUACUCUACAGUCUUCUGAUGCCGGUCAUGAACCUUUACGUUCCUGACUUAGACAAAGGCAAGGGCCUAUACUUCCUCUUUGUGAAGGCCGAAACCAAGACCCCUAGCGGCCUACUCGCACGCCCGGUCCUAACCAGUUACUAUAAGAGCGACCACUUCAAGACCCGGCCAUACGAUCCCUACAAUGUCUACACGAGCCCCAAUGAAACCAUUCUCUGCCCCGACUCGUUCCAAAGCAUGUACACCCAGAUGCUCUGCGGCCUUCUCAACUGCGACCAAGUCCUCCGCAUCGGAGCGGUGUUCGCGUCGGGCCUCCUUCGCGCCAUCCGAUUCCUCCAACUCAACUGGAAACUCCUCGUCCACGACAUUGAAACCGGGACUUUAAACCCUAAAAUCACCGACCCCUCGAUCCGCGAAUGCAUCUUCCACGUGCUGCAACCAAACACAGAACUCGCUCAUUUCAUCGCGAAACAAUGUAGUAGCAGCAGCGAGAAUUGGGAGGGCAUAUUGAAGAGAAUUUGGCCUAACACCAAGUACCUUGAUGUCAUCGUUACCGGGGCGAUGGCUCAGUACAUUCCGACUCUUGAUUAUUACAGUGGUGGAUUGCCCCAAUGUUGCACAAUGUACGCUUCUUCGGAGUGCUAUUUCGGCCUAAAUCUCAACCCUAUGUCGAAGCCCUCGGAGGUCUCUUACACCAUCAUGCCAAACAUGGCCUACUUUGAGUUCCUCCCCCACGACCCGGCGGCGCCGCCUUUCUCCGGCGAGUCUCCACAGCAUCUCGUCGACCUCGCCAACGUCGAAUUGGGGAAGGAAUACGAGCUUGUUAUUACUACCUACCCUGGGUUGUGUCGGUACCGAGUCGGAGACAUUCUCCGAGUCACUGGGUUUCAUAACUCGGCCCCCGGUUUUAAAUUUGUGAGGAGGAAGAACGUGUUGCUGAGUAUCGACUCGGACAAGACCGACGAAUCCGAGUUACAGAGCGCGAUUGAGAGCGCGAGUUUACUGUUGCGCGAGUUUAAAACGAGCGUGGUAGAGUACACGAGUUAUGCCGAUUCCAAUACUAUACCGGGUCAUUAUGUGAUUUAUUGGGAAUUGAUGGUGAAGGAUCCGGAAAACGGGCCGACCCGGGAGGUUUUGGAUUGGUGUUGUUUGGCUAUAGAAGAGUCAAUGAACUCGGUUUACCGACAGGGUCGGGCCGCAGAUAAUUCAAUCGGACCUCUUGAGAUAAGGGUUGUGAAGAAUGGUACUUUUGAGGAGCUAAUGGACUAUGCUAUUUCUAGAGGUGCUUCUAUCAAUCAGUAUAAGGUUCCUAGAUGUGUUACCUUCACACCUAUUAUGGAGCUCCUUGAUGCUAGAGUGAUCUCGAGGCAUUUUAGCCCUGCUGCACCGAAUUGGACCCCGGAACGACGACAUUGAAUGACUCGACCUGAGUGAGGAGAAAUUAUUUAGUAGGUUUGCUCUAGUGAUCAUGUAGUCAAUCAACAUAAUAAUCUUGUUUGCUGAAAAAAAAUAAAAAAAAUAAAAUAAAAUUAAGUGCA